AUGGCCGGCAAGAAACCAGCAAAGAAGACCGUCAAAGGCGGCGCCAAGAAGUCCUCCAAGAAGAAGGUCGAAACCUACAAGAUCUACAUCUACAAGGUCUUGAAGCAAGUGCACCCGGACACCGGCAUCUCCUCCAAGGCGAUGAGCAUCAUGAACUCCUUCAUCAACGACAUCUUCGAAAAGAUCGCGACUGAAGCCGCCAAGUUGGCCCGAUACAACAAGAAGCCGACCGUGACGUCCAGAGAAAUCCAAACGUCCGUUCGAUUGAUCUUGCCGGGUGAAUUGGCCAAGCACGCCGUCUCCGAAGGGACCAAGGCUGUCACCAGUGCGUUUUUUUUAAAAUUCCUUCAACGGGUCGAAAUUUACUCACCUUUCCAAUUCUCUCUUUAUCAUCACAGAGUUUACCUCCGCGUAAGCGUUCACCUCUUGUUAAACGUUCUCUCGCUGUCUCCUCAAGAGACACCGAAAGAAGACCAAACAAACAAAACAUUGAGAUUCUUAUCUCAACCAACCAUACAAUUCAAUAUAUAA